UGAGCUGAAGAGCCUGGGGUGACAAUCACUAUGAUACCACUCCGAGGAAACAGGAGCCCAAGCAGACCCGUAAAGAAGCAUCCAUCCUCAUAGUGAAAGACGUGGUUGAAACUGGUUGGCUGACGUUAAAAGUAAACACUUUAAAAAGCCACAUUGCCUGAUGGGAAAUUCAUCUUCAAAUGCAGGGGACACAAAGGGAGAUUCCAGCAAUAUUGACCUGACGAAAUUUCAGAAAGUUCACAAAAAUGAUAAUAGAGAAAAUGAGCCCCUCCUACUACGAGCUGGUGAGGGUAACACAUGCCCAGCGGAGUCUUCAUCGCUUUCUGCUAUGGAGAUCCACGAUCUCAUCCAGAGCACGAGACUUGAAAAGGCAUACCGGAGUUUUAUCUUUGAACGGCAGGAGCUCAAGAGACAACUAGAGGAAAAUGGCUCCAAAACACCUUCCAUGCACCUUAAAAACAAGGAGAAGGACCUUAAUCUUCUCUAUAAAGCCCUCCGAGACAAGAUGAUGAGCGUCGUCCGAGACUCAAACAAUGAGCAGCCCUGUGACACAGAGCUGUUGGUUAAAGUGGCUCAGAUCAUCCAGGAGGAGGAGAAGAGGGAGAAGGACCCAGGCAGUGGGGAGUGGAGCUGGAGGGACUCCUGGAAGGAGGCAGUGAGGGAUGGGGUUAAGGCUAAGAUCCAGAGUGUGACCCUGGACACCAAGGAGCAGAACAGAGCAUGGCUGGCUGUUCACCUUGGCCAACUAGGCAAGGCUGUGGUGGAGGACUUGGAGAACGUGAAGAACAACCUAAAAAAGUGCUACCAUCCCAGCUUCAAUGUCUUUAACACCUACGUGGACAGCUACCAUCAGGCCAUUGCCCAACACCUCAAGGAAAUCUACCAGAAGGAGAUAGAAACCAAAGAUUCCUAUGCUCUGCUGAAGUGGAUUCUGAACGAUUACAAAAGCGAGGAAUUGAUGGGAAGCCCCACUCUCCAGCCAGAUAUGUGUGAUAACAUUAUGGUCCUUCCCCUGGAGGAUGACUUUUUGAACCAGAUCAAAGAGAAAUACUGGCAGCAGCUAAAGGAAGUAUUUAUGAACAUCUUUAGAGGAAUAAUCAACACUGAGCAAAACAACAUGAUUGAAAAGAAAGAGCCUGAAAUCCUGGAUUGGUAUCACUCUGAAAUGCACCACGAUAUCUGUAAGGCCUUAGAUGAAUACAUGACCAGAAUCCAAGAAAUGAAUGCAAACCUGGAGGGAAAACUUCUGUGCAUCUUCUUGGAUGAGCUACAGUGCUUUGCAGAACGGUUUGGGAAUGACUUUGAGCAAUGGUACACCGACAUGUCUGAGCCCUUGUGUGCACAGUAUCAGAUUGCUCACAUCAACAGUUUCAUAUCCAUACAGGAGUACCUGGAGAAGCACAGAGCUACGAGUGCAGAGCAGGUGGAGAAGGUGGUGCAAAAGAUGGAUGCUGAAGUCAACAAGCUAGGCCAGACUCUGAUGGAGAAGUUCAAGGAAAAGACAGAGCCGAACUUCAAGAACUUGAUGAGGGGAAGGUGGAUCAGUGAUGAACCGUUUCGAGAAAUUGUGAAUGAUAUAGAGGUGCUUUCCGAGCUCUGCCAGCAUAUGAGGCCUCCAUAUAAGCAGAAAUUUGUGGACGAGAUGCAUUAUUUCGUGGCAAAGCAGUACAUCUCUCAAAUGAUGACGAGCCGCUGGUCCUGCGGACGGAGGGACCAUGAGAGGAUAGUGUUUACACUCAGAAGGCAGUGGGGAGUGCUUUAUGAAAACUUUGAGAAUAUGUCAUCCAGCAUGAACUGGGUUUACCCAGCUGGAGAACACCUUGUUGAUAUUAUUGAAAAGAAGAAAUCUGAGGAUAUUAAGAUUGUCUUACAGUCAUUGGUGAAGGAUUACCCAGAUAUCAGUAGGAAACAUCUCAGAGCUGUGUUGGACUUCAGUGGCAAACUUAACUGCCUACAGAAAUGGGCCAUCCUGAACCACCUGGAUAAUCUGCAUCAGAAUCCAGUACACGCUGAGAGCCAGAAUCAGAAGUUCUUCAGCGAAAUCCCCAUCAAGAAAAUCCAUUGCUUCUGCUGCGUUUCUGGGCACUAACACUGUAUUAUGAUAUAUUUCUUUUUUUACAAAUAUGAGCAUUUAAUAAUUUGCCUUAUGAGCUGGCUUAUUGUAUGAUGCCAUCAACAUCUUAUCUAUCUGAAGCGUUAUUAAAAUUUUACUAUCAUGACCUCCAAACAUGUCUCUGUAGAGAGAGUUAAGCAAUUGUUUUCCUUUUGAUGAUAAACAAAUUCAGCUAUCUGUGUCCCAUCCUGUUUAUGUGUGAAACCGGGUCAGUGAAAAUGCAUCUCAUGGUUUUUGCUGACUUUCUAUAUGCACAGUUAGUCAAAGUUUCUUUGAACCAAUAUCUGGAGAUGAUUACUUAGCAACCUUCUUGAAGAAGAGAUAUGAACACAUGGUAUAUCCUUCAAGACAAAAAAAAACAUUAUCAAAAAAUAAAUUCUAGCUUUUCUAAGCUAGAGGAAGAGGAAAUUUUGUGAAAGUGAAAUACAACACAGAAGCUACUCAUUUACUUUGAAGAACUUUGCUGGUGAUUUAUACUUUCAGUUUUAAUGUAUUUGUUCUGCUAUUGCAUAGUUCCCUUAUAUUCCGUUUUUUCUCGAUUACUUGGAAGCAUUUCUCAAGUGACAAUGUUUGCAAACCAACAAGUGUAAUCCCCGCACCACAAUGUCACUUCUGCAUACCAGAACAUAAUUUCUCAUUGCUUCACACAAAUUUCCAAAACGUUUUGUACAUAUAUGCAAAUGAUUUUAUACUAUUGUCAUCAUUUGUCACAAUUUUCAGUUGCUUUAGUCUUUUAGGUUAAAAUAGAUGGUGUAGUUUCCCACUGUAAUAAUUCUACACACUAAAUGAUAUAUGUGGUCAUCAUAUUAGCCACCACAUGCAAAACAGAAAUUUAGAGAGAUUCUCCACAUUUUCCAACAAUAAAAAAAAGCACAAAA